UAUGGUUAAUCUGAGGUAUAUGGAAUCAGUCUCUCAGCAUAAUAUCAAUCUAAUAAAAGGCCAUGUGUCUCACUCUGGUUUCAGUCUUUAUGUGAUGAUUGGUACAUAUUCUGUUAGUUUUAAAAGAGUGCAAGCCAGGGCCUUAUUUUGGCCCUUUUGGGUGUGUAGUACAGCACAAGCAAUUAUGGGUUAUGCAGAUUAACUGGUUCACAUGUGAGAGGAUUCAUGUGGUUGUGUUUCUGUUCGCCUACAAUGCAGUUAAAGCUGCUCUAAAUCCGGAUUAGUCUCAUAAAGAUUCCUCAAUUAGAGCGUAAUCUGAAGAGUUGUGCUACAAAAGAAGACAAUGUGCUGAGGUGUCAACGUCUUUAUUCUGAUUACCAGUAACAGGAAGACAGUGAUACAACUGUCUCAGUUCCACAUGGGAUCAGACACCAGGAGUCAUGUUACUCUUCACAGAUUCAGCCCCACGGACAAACCACGGUCACUCUAUGUGUUGUUUACUAGAACAACUACGACCCUCCUGAAUAUAAUGUAUGUCUGUGGGAAAUGUGUGUGAGAAAUGGACAAAAGUGAAUACAAAAAAUCAUUCUUUCACCAUAUCUCAUUAGAUAUUUCAUUUUUUAUUGAUACAUUUGACAGGAUGUCUUCCGGAUCCCAGCAAGACGUCAGCUGCCAGCCCGAAGAUACGCUCUGUGUGGUCCGUGUCUACGAGCAGGAGGUGAUUGUUGUGCCCGUGUUCCUGCUGGCCAUCUUCCUGGUCACUCUGGUCUUCGUCCUCCUGCUGCGCUACUGUCCAGAGAAAGUCGACCGCCUCCGUCUGCAGGCCUCGAAGCCGGCCUCCAGGAGAGUGCUGCAUGGCAUCGAUGCUCCACCAGGUAUCAAUGUCCUGGAGCAUGAGAGCAUCGCUCUGGGCACGUCCAGUACCUACUCCACCUUCAACCCCCCGAGCAUGUACCCUCCCAGAGCCUCCUCCAGGAGCGUGGACACACUCUCUGUCCCACUAAACGUCCCGCCCAGUCUCCUGCCCAGUCUCCUGCCCAGUCUCCCGCCCAGUCUCCCGCCGCAGCCCUUGAAGCCCAAUUUCACUGCCAUCCUCCAGCCCAGGGAGUUGCCCCGUCAGAGGCUGCCUGAGUCCUUCAAACUGGUCACCCCUCUGCCUGUCCCCUUCUCCCUGCGCUCCGACACCGCCGUGUCCCUCUACAGGGCCCGGAUGGAAAACAGGAAUGUGGUGCUGCGAGUCCUAAAAGACACUGCUGAUGCCUCAGAAAGACACAGCUUCCUAGAAUUUGCGUCCUUUCUGGCCCAGCUGGGGCCUCAUCCCUUCCUGCCAGAGCUCCUCGGGGUGGUCUCACUCCGAGCUCCUCUGGUUACAGUGGUGGAAGAGCUGGAGAACAGAGACUUGCUCAGCUUCCUGUGGCGAUGCCGAGAGGAGCAUGUGGAUCCUCCAUGUGAGAUGACCGAGAGACGAAUCUUCACCAUGGCCAAGCAGGUGGCCUCAGCACUGGAGUUCCUUCACAACAAAGACCUCAUCCACGGGAACAUUCGUGCCUGCAGCGUACUGGUCACCAAGGAGUCCACCGCCAAGCUGUGGGGCCUCCAUGGGGUCUACACCAGGAAGAACCAGGAGGCCACAAAGAUGGAGGAUCCGGGUAUGAAGAAAUGGCAGGCACCAGAGCUGCUGGUCAAGAAACCCGCCAGUCAGAGCAGCGACAUUUGGUCAUUGGGCAUCUUACUCUAUGAAAUGGCAACAAUGGGUGAAGCUCCGUUUGCAGAAAUCUCCGUAAAUGAGCUGCUGCAGUUUCAUCAACGAGGGAAAAGUCUGAGGAAACCUUCAAACUGUUCCAACGCGCUGUACUCUGUCAUCAAGGGUUGCUGCCAGUGGAAAGAUCAAGAUCGACCCUCUCUGGAGGAGGUGAGCCGCAAGGUCAACUCAGCAGAGAAGAACGCCUCCGACAAAGUCCUCAAGGUGUCGGGGACCGUCAACAUCGAGAAGUACCUGCAGGAGGCCGGAUACGGGGAUAGCAACAGCUACACGGUUUUCUGAUCAGAUUUCUGCCCGUCAGCUAAAUAAAUAAUGAAUAAUUGCACUUUUCUCCCCAACGGUAGCACCGUAGUGCUCAAGCGAUCUCUGUCAGGUGCAAUACAAGUGUUCCAAACUG